AUGGCUCCUGGUUGGAAGGCCGCCCGCCACCCUGUGCGGUCGGGGCGGGAGGACAGCGCCUCACUCCAGUGGCCGGUGUACUUGGCCCACAAACCGGUGGUCCCGGGGAGGGUGGAGAAGGGCCUCUGCCCGGCGAAUGACAUGACACUAUCUCAACUGCACGGGCGAGAGGUGGAGAUUCCCCUCAUCGAUGAGGACGUCACCCCCAUCGCCUGCAAGCAACAGCGGCACAAUCCAAUACACGCUGAUAUCAUCAACCGCCAGGUAGAUCAGUGGAAGGAACUGGGGAUAAUCGACUACUCGGACUCGCAAUGGUGUUCCCGCAUCGUGAUGCAGCAAAAGAAAAAUGGAAAGCCGCGCCUAACGAUCGACCACCGCGCCCUCAACGAGUUGACGAAGAAGAGCAGCGGAGGCAUCGGCACCCUGGCAUCGAUGCCUGACCGGGUUGGGAAGAGCAAGUGGUUCACCCUCCUCGACCUCCCGCAGGUGUAUCACCAAAUUCCGAUCAAGCCAUCUGACCGACACAAGACAGCGUUCAGGGACGCUCGAGGUCGGCUGUACCAGUUCAACAGGUGCGGUUUCGGCCUUACGACCAUCCCGGCCGUCUUCUCAGCACUUCUGGGCGACACUCUGCAGCCGGUCGAAAACAAAGGCUGUGUAGAGAGGUGGCUGGACGACAUCCUCAUCCACACCGAAACGCUGGAGGAACACUUCGAGGUCCUUCAAGAGGUGCUGGAUCUUCUGCAGAAGGCGGGCUACUCCGUCCACUUCCUCAAAAGUCGGGUGUACGCGCCCCACUGCCUAAGGAUCAAACCGCUGACGGAGAUGGCGAAGCCUACCACGGUGGGGGAACUGCGAUCGUUCUUGGGAAUGGUGAACUUCCUCCGAGACUUCGUGAAGGACUUCAGCGCGCUCGUGGCCCCAAUCACGGACAUCUUGCGCAACAAGGACUUCAGCACCAAACAAGCGAGACACAAGCCCAUCCCGUGGGGGAAGGAGCAGGAUGACGCCUUCGCCGCUAUCAUCAGCGCUUUGGUGUCGCCACCAGUGUUGGUACCACCGAACUGGGAGUUGCCACUCACCCUACACACAGAUGCCAGCGAAAAGGCUGCGGGAGCGGUACUAAUGCAGCUGGUCGACCACCGCGAUGGGGCCAUCGGCUUCGGUAGCCACCGGUGGACGCUCGCGAAGUCGAGACGGGCACCCACGGGCCGCGAGGUUCGGGUAGCCCUCUUCGGCCUGGACCACUUCAGGACGUACCUCCUGCAUCGGCCCUUCACGCUCAUGACGGACAGCUCGGCGAUCACCUGGCUGUUCACCAGCCGACACCUGUCCUCCACAAUGGAAGCUGUUACCGGCGCAAAACCGAAGAUCCUCAUCGGCAACGCGUGUCGCCGGUAUGAUCCUGAUCGGACGGGCAACACAGCAGCAAGGCAAGCCACGGACAUCAUCAACGUCUUCCUGUCGAGCCGAGCACGACUCCUGAUCGUGGAGUGUCCGGUGAGAUUUUCGGGGGCCCCCGAGUGGUGGGAGACCUUACGGCCACUCCUGGAGCGUCACCGAUGUUCUGUGGAGGAGGCCACGCUGACAGCUAUCGACGUGGGCGUACCCACACGGAAGCAGCGGGUCUUCAUUGUAGCGUGCAAACGACAACCUGAGGGCGCCAUGGCGAAGCUCUCCGCAAAGCUCUCUAAGUGGAAGCAUCACAUCCAGCAACCCACGCCAACCAAACCCACCGUCGGCUCUUUCCUCGAUCGGGGCGGCCACUACUUCUUGAAGAGACCACCAGGCGAGGAAGCGAUCUUCCCAGCUGGUGCGCCGUCACCGACCAUCACCCAUGUGCACAUCAUGGGACGUCGACCACCGCCGGCUGACUAUCAGCCAACCGGAAGGCAAGGGACCCGAACAUCGACACCUGAGCCCCGGGAGGGACGCAAAGCGGAGGAGUCGGUCACGACACCGGUAUCUGCUUCGCCACCGGGGAUCACGGAGGAACCACCGGGGGGCCCUGAGGGCCACGAUGGAGACCACGAACGGCUGGACACACCGGAACUACGUCGGAGACUCUCGGCGAACUUGGAGCAGAUGGAGAACGUCUUACGGGACCCUGCACAACUCGCGGAGGCACAAGAGCAGGACCCGACCCUGGGGCCUAUCCGAGCUAUGCUUGAGGCAGGCCAAGGCGACGACACCGACUACGUACUCGCGGACGACCACCUGCUAUGGCACGCACCGCGGGGAGGACUGUACGCAAUCGCCGUUUCACUUCGGCUAGUGCCAGGAGUGUUGGCCCUCAUCCGCGAACCAAGGGAGCGGUGGAACGGAUGGGGGGGGUGGCUGCAGAAAGCCCUCUCCCUCCUGUGCAAAGCAUGGCCCCAGCGUUGGGACGACUACGUUCCUGUGGCGACGUGGAUCCACCGGGUUACGCCCGAUCCGGCCCUUCCGGGAGGGGCUUCGCCGUACCAGAUACUUUUUGGUCGGCCGCCACGCAGCCACGUCGACUUUUUCGCCCAGCCUUUGGACAGCACUUCGUUCGGCCAAGGCGUGGAAAGAACGGUCGAGGACCAAUAUCACCUCACGCAAGAAAUUCCGGCCAAGCGGCAGGAGGAGGUACUCACCAAACGACGGGAACGCCACAACGCCAGGAUCGCCCCUGAGUCACCGGGAGCCAAGACGCAGAUCGGAGAUUGGUGCUGGUCCACGAGACCCCCGUCUCCCUCUACCGAGAUGGCCUGCACCCGACUGGCACAUGAGCACUUCACGGGACCGUGGACCGUCGUCAACGUCCUCGNGCUGGUCCACGAGACCCCCGUCUCCCUCUACCGAGAUGGCCUGCACCCGAAACUGGCACAUGAGCACUUCACGGGACCGUGGACCGUCGUCAACGUCCUCUUGGCUCGGCUGUGCUUCACGGUGCAACUCAACGGACGACGCAUCCGACAACGCCGAGUAGUAGCUGCCGACAUCAAGCCCUUCCACCGGCGUCCCACACAUCUCCAACUGCCCUUCGAGGACGAAUUCAGCCAUGUCAUCUGGUCGGCUUCCUUGGGAUUGACCGACACCUCCGUGCUCGCGGUACCCCUCUACACCCUGACGGCUCGGAGGGUAGGACAGGGAAAGAGUGCUGGUUCGUGGGCGUGGGAGUAUCGAGGUCGAUAUCAGGAUGGGAUACAAUCGAGCUGGAUCCCUGAGGCCGAAGCACGCGACAGCUUUUCGCCGCUACAGCUCGACGUCUUCCACGCGCUUUGGGAACUUCAUCACCCUGAUUCAGAACCUCAGCCACCGGGAGAACCCGCGCGAGGACAACGUAAGGUGGAAUCCCGGGAGCGAGCCUUGGAAAUGUUUCCCUGCGGUACCGUCGUGGGCAGGAUCUUUACCAACGCCGAAGGACAGUCCGAAGUGUUCAAGUCCAAGGUGUACGACUACUGCGACCCGUACUAG